GUCUGCUACCCCGACCACAGUGCCUGCAUGCUCCAUGAAGUAACUUCAGAGGCCAUGAGGCUGCCCCUGCCGUUGCUGCUAGUGUUUGGGUGCAAGGCUAUCCUGGGAAGCCUUGGGGAUAAUAAGGCCUCCCUCUCAGCUACCGCUCCAGUGUUGGAUGAUGAAGAGAAGUACGCCUCUUACAUGCCUGAUCACCUGCGCUGUGAUGCCUGCCGGGCCGUGGCCUACCAAAUGGGGCAACAUCUGGAAAAAGCAGAGGCUAAGUCUCCAGACUCCAGCGACUUGCAGGAGUUGAGCGAGUCGAUAUACACGGAUGUCCUGGACCGGACCUGCUCUCAGAAAUGGCAAUCCUAUGGCGUCCAGGAAGUGAACCAGAUGAAACGUCUCGUGGGCCCAGGACUAAGCAAGGGGACAGAGGCACCCAUCAGCGUGAUGAUUACUGGGGGCCCCUGGCCCAAUAGGCUCUCCAGGACGUGUUUCCAGUAUCUGGGAGAGUUUGAAGAAGACCAGAUCUAUGAAGCCUACCGCCAAGGUCAUGAGACCCUGGAGGCGCUGCUGUGUGGGGGCCCUCGGGGGUCCUGCUCACCUGAGAGCCCGAGAGAAGAGCUUUAGUGCCGGUGGGGACACCUGUGGGUCUUCUCUCUCUUUUUGUAAUUAAUGGUCAUUUGGAGACAGGGUCUCAUCACGCAGCACCGGCUGACCUUGAACUUGUCCUCCUGUGUCAGCCUGGAAAGCGCUGCCUUAACUGUCCCAAGCCUUCCCACGCUUAACCCUUCCUCUUCUUUCAGCGGUGAUGGGGAGGGGCCAGGGAAGCCAGUCCAUCUUCUUCCUCCAUCCCUCGCCGGGGCACUGGGGGUUGGGGACCAAUAAGGCCUUCUACUUUCAAAUAAAGCUCAGUGACCUCGAA